AUGGCUUCCUCCUCAUCACCAGCGACGCCGCUACUUUACUCCUGCAUCGCGCACAAUAAUACUAUUCUUACCGAAUGCACAACUUCCGCUUCCUCCCAGACGUCGUCCCUCGCCUCCCUCAUCCUCCCCAAGAUCGAGCACUCGACCAGCCAAAAGCUAACCUACACCCACGGCACCCACCACAUCCACUACAUUGCCGAAUCCCCGUCUGACCACCCCGACCACCCUUCAUCCGGGGCAGGCGGCCUGACGUUCCUCGUCAUCGCCGACGCCAGCCUGGGCCGCCGUAUCCCCUUUGGCUUCCUCUUCGAGAUCCGCCGCCGCUUCCUCGACCGCCUGACGCCUGAGACGACCGACUACGCCGAUCUUCCCAACUACGGCGCCGCAUCCUUCAAUGGCGAGCUCAAGAGCCUCAUGGUCGAGUACGGCACCACGUCCGGCGGCAAGGACGACGCCAUCAACAACGUCCAGCGCGAGAUCGAUGAUGUCAGGGGCAUCAUGACGCGCAACAUUGAGGGGCUGCUCGAGCGCGGCGAGCGCAUCGACCUCCUCGUCGACAAGACCGAUCGUCUGGGCGGAAGCGCGCGCGAGUUCCGCGUUCGCAGCCGGGGUCUUAAGAGGAAGAUGUGGUGGAAGAACGUCAAGCUCAUGGCGCUGCUGGCGCUGGUCAUCAUCCUCAUCCUGUCGGUCAUAGUGAUUGCCGUGCGGGGGUAA